AUGAAAUAUCAUAGCCUUAAAAUGGAAGAAAUUAACAGAAUUGUUGAUGAAUUAUGGAAAAAAACAUAUUGUGGAACAGAUGUAGAUACAAUUCUUAUAAGAUCAGAUAAUGAAAACCUAAAAGAAAAUAGAUCAUAUAAUUAUAGAGUCUGUAUGAUAAAAGGCGAUACAGAACUUGAUAUGAGAGGAAGAUGUAGCGCAGGUCAAAAAGUUUUAGCAAGUAUUAUCAUCAGACUUGCACUUGCAGAAUGCUUUGGUACAAAUUGCGGUAUUUUAGCAUUAGAUGAACCAACAACUAACCUUGAUCGUGAAAAUAUACAGUCUUUAGCUAUAUCCUUAGCAAAUAUUAUCCUUCAGCGGCGUCAACAAGCUAAUUUUCAAUUGAUUGUUAUUACUCAUGAUGAAGAUUUUUUAAGGAUGAUGAGUUGCAGUGACUAUUGUGAUUACUAUUACAGAAUUAGCCGAAAUGAGCAACAAAAGAGCGUAAUCGAAAAACAAAGAAUAUCCGAGGUAAUAUAA